UAGCAGGGCCGUCGCCUCGUGUGCCAUGAGCAAUCGACAAAUCGAAGAUGGACCCGCGAACGAACAACGGUAGACGCACAAAAGACCAUGGCUACCCGAUAAAAAGUCGAAAGGAGGCAAACGAAUUCCUUUCUUGCGCACACUUGCUGAGCGACGAGGAAAUCCUGGAAUUUCUGUCGCUGGACGGGGGAGACGAAUCGCGGGGCGAUGAGAAAGUGAACACCGACGGAACAGGAAGGGGCAUUGCCAAGAAAAAAAUGCCCUCGUGGAAAAGUCGCAAAGAAUAUUGUUGCGAGCGUACGCUGUGGCGCCGUGCGUAAGUUGUUCGAUUGCAUUGUAUCCGGUAGGAUACAGCGGCUUUGUGUAAUGGCUGUCUAUUGAAAGAAUAGAAUAUAGUCCGAACCGAACCGAACCGAACCGAACUGGACUGAACUCGACUCAAUUGAACCGAUGAAUGAGUGCAUCCUAUUCUUCAAAGUAGUUGACUGUUGCUUAAAAAUUUUCGACGCAAUAUUUUGUCCAACAAAACCUGACCGAUUUUCGUUCCCGUUCAUUGCACCGUUUCUUCCCAAUGCUUGCAAACGCGUCGCGAAGGUUUCGUCGGCGCACAGCAGAAAUCCGUGCACUGGCAUCGGAGUUGCGAGAUGGAUCGGGCCGUGCCCGCAUCGACGAAGACGGCCGAUUGGUCCCCGUGUUCGAGCCCCCACAACCACCACGGGCAGAUCUGCCACCACCGGGGCGAGCGGCGGAGACCAACGCUGGAAACAACAACAACAACAACAACUUGUUACCUGGGAACCAGAACCUCAACAACAACAACAACAACAAUCCACUCGAUCCCCAACAGGAAAAUCCAGAAACGCGGUUUUUAGACCAGCUGAGACGCCAAGCGGAAAAUACCAUAUCUAUUGCCGUAACAGAGCUUCGACACGACAGACGACAACAGAAUCGAGAUACCGGUGGCGAAGGCRAAGACGAAGACGAAGACUUUGAAGUGAUCUUGCUGGAUCCAAAGGGCCAGCCGGUUCAGCCUCCGAUCUCUAGUGGAGGAUUUUCUUUCGCUCAAACCAACAACAACAACAACAACAACAACAACAACAACAAUGCCGCGAACAACAUUGGCUUUCUGGUGGCUCGGCUCUUCCGGCGGAUUGUGAUCGUUUUGAUGAUAGCUGCAGCUGCUGUCGGGUGUGCCAUGUUGCAGAUUCUUCCCUUGUAUUCGGUCACAGUAGAAGACUUCUUUGACUCGACUUUCGAUGCUCUUUUGUACGAGGUGUUGGAGGUGCGGGACUGGAGGGACCACGUUCUCGAAUGUACCGGUGGGCUGGCGAAUCGCAGCGACUACCACCACCAUCUCCACCAUAAGUGGGGUCUGAAUGGGRUACGGGACGCCGUCAUCGGUAGAACCGGGAUUGUGGAUUGCUCGAAGGGAGUUUUGCACAUACCCUCGGAACGAGUCCUCAUCUCCGAUUCGCUCCAGUCCCUGACGGCAACUCCAACGGCAGGAAGGAGGCGGCCAACACUGCAAAGCGAAUUAAGAGACUAUGCAUAUGGUGUAAACGCUUCUUGGUUUAUGUCGUGCUCGGGGCACCCAACGAUAUAUUCCGAGGGACAGCAAUACAAUCGAGAUGAAGCRAAAAAUAGGGAGAACCAAUGCACGGAUACAUUAGGGACCAACGACCAUUCUCAUUCCGCUCAUUCGAUAUGUAAUGGCAGACGAAGAAUCUUCGACAAGUGUUUUCGAGGCAUACACGACCAUUUCGCCACAACCGGCGAGGUCAGAGCAGCGUUUUCCUUGGCAAAUGAAUUGGUUGAUAAGGGCGGAGAUCAUUUCGACGUCCAUUACGACGUUUCUCUUCUAACGAUGGCCGUGCCGUCUGUCGUAGACAAAGUCAGAAACCUACUGGAGACAAGCUAUUUCAACGGGCAACGGCGAACAAAAGACGCCCAAACCAUUGAACCUGUUGCCUUCCGUGUGUUGACCACGGGCCCCAUGGACGGCCACGAUGUCCAGCUGAAACAGACCGGGAAUGGAAUGUCGAUGUAUCUUACCCAUUCCUCCGCUCUCAACGAAGAGAACUAUCUGAAUUGGGUGCUGCGAAGCCGCCAGCACAACGAUCAGGCUCGGUUUCAAUCWAAGUACCGUCCGUGGCCCUUCCGCUUGGAACCCAAGCGAGACACGUGCGACCUGAAAUUCGAUCUCGGCGCAGAUUCCAGGUUUUGUAUUCUGACCACGAUCCACCUGACAACCGGGGCCGGCGAGAAUUUCCAGGGAGGCACCAGCCUGUUCGUCGACGAUCAUCCCUCGAAUGCUCGGGAUUCGAAACGCCGUAUCGCGAGGGGUGUCUCCGUCGAURGUUCGAGGGGUCGACUGGUGGUUUCAACCGGUGGCAACGAAAACCUCAGGUGCCGGUUCCCCGUCCGAUCCGGAUUCCGCACGGAGCUACAGAUAUGGUGGAAUUGUGAACACGAAUAGCGAUAAACGCUUGAUGCCACGAGACACGGUUACAAUUAUUGUCGCAACCACCAAUCCAUGCUUCAAAGCAACAUCAGCGCGAUUCUAGAGCUUUUUCAAACGCAAUCCCUCCGUUCCCUAUCUUAGUGGACGACAUUGCAUUUUGAACAAUGGAACGCUAUGAUGAAUAAUGAAUAGAUUCGUAGCAGCAUCGAAUCCGUUAGCCAAGCAGUCUGCCCCGCGUUACGUUGCAACUCUUCGAUCGUGUUCAAGGUUUCUAGAAAACCUAAAACCAAGUGCGGUGCACCGAUGCCCCAUAAAAGGCAGGACUUAAACCAUUGUCGUUUUUGCCAAAGGAGUUCGCGUGGCUAGACUUUUGAAUGACUUGUCGUGCAAAAAGAACACCAUGGUUCUGGUUGGGCUCUGGUAGUGAAAGAAUCAAACUACUGGUGCACACUUCGUCUUGAUGCUGAUAUACACCUGUGUGAAACUAUGGAAUGAAGUGUGGGUCAAUUUUCGUUGUAUUUCCUGCUGGUUUACUACAACUGUAGAAUUUAAUUAGUGAUCAAC